GCCUCAUUGUGAGAAAAUGCCACCAAACAGACAACUGUGUAAUGGUCAGUAUAGUUACAUCAUUGAUAAUGCUUUGUCACCCGUGAACCUGUGAAUUCUUUCCAUCGCCGGCCAGAACCUCCGCACAGAAGUUCCCCCCAACAACUCUAGAUCGUUUUGUUCACCACCUUUAUUUUCUCUUCUCUUGUUUACAACAAAGAGGCAUGUCAUCAAUGGAUCCGAUUUAUUCUAUUUCAGAGGCAAAGAUAGACUCGCCAAAUUCAGUAUCAAGCGUUGAAUCCGAUCAGACAGACAAGGGCGCUCUCAGCUUACAACAUGAUCCCACGACAUCGGGGUCUUCAAAAGAUCAACCGAGUGGGGUACACGCCCAUCAGGUCAAGUCAUACAAACCUGAUGUACUUUCGGAUAAUUGCAAUGCUGGCCAGGCCUCUUCCACACGGUCGUCCAGCCGAGCACCUAGACGACUCAGUGGGAGCACAGCAGCAAGCUCUGUCAGUGAAGCUGAAGUCUCUGAAUUACCGAGGCUAGGGAGGAUUGGCGUCUGUGCUUUGGAUGUUAAAGCUCGCAGCAAACCCAGCCAGAAUAUUUUGACACGCCUUCAGUCCAAAGGUGGUUUUGAAGUAAUUGUCUUUGGUGACAAAGUGAUUCUUGACGAAGCAGUAGAGAAUUGGCCCGUGUGUGAAUUCCUGAUCGCAUUCUUUUCCGAUGGCUUUCCGUUGGAUAAAGCCAUCGCAUAUGCGAAGCUUCGGAAACCAUUCUGUGUUAACGACUUACCAAUGCAAAAGGUAUUAUGGGACCGGCGACUCUGUUUGAAGAUUUUAGAUCAGAUGAAUGUCCCAACGCCCAAGAGACUGGAGGUUAACCGCGAUGGUGGACCUACGCUGGAGUCACCCGAAAUUGCCGAGCAUGUAUAUAAUAUGACUGGGGUUAAACUUGAGGGCCCAAGUGACGGUACUGGAGGCGGGGCCUCCAGAACAAUGAACGUGAGGAUGUCUGAUGAUGGCGAUUCUCUAAUCGUUGAUGGCAAGGUUUUCAAGAAACCUUUUGUCGAAAAGCCGGUAAACGGUGAAGACCACAACAUCCAUAUCUAUUUCCCCAACGACCAGCAUUACAGUGGUGGUGGCAGGAGACUUUUCCGAAAGGUCGGGAACAAAAGCUCCGAAUACGACCCCGAGCUCGCUGUUCCCAGAUCAGUGACAGAGAAAGGCACAAGCUAUAUAUAUGAGCGGUUCCUGAGGGUCGACAAUUCUGAGGAUGUCAAGGCUUAUACCGUUGGGCCGGACUUUUGUCAUGCUGAGACACGCAAGUCUCCUGUGGUUGACGGACUUGUUCGCCGCAAUACUCACGGCAAGGAGCUGAGGUACAUCACUAAACUGAGCAGAGAGGAGGCAGCCAUUGCUUCAAGGAUAUCGAAUGGAUUUGGCCAGAGAAUUUGUGGAUUUGAUAUGCUCCGCGUGGGAGACAAAAGCUAUGUCAUUGAUGUAAACGGCUGGAGUUUUGUCAAAGAUAACAAUGACUAUUACGACAGAUGUGCAAACAUCCUGAGAGAAACCUUCUUGAAUGAGAAGUGCAAAGGUUUAGGGGUCUUGGAGCCCUCUGACGCCGUUUAUACGGAUCCAGCUUAUUCGUGGAGGAGUUCUGUCUCCCACAGGCAGACACUGAAAACUUUGUUGAAAUCCCCCAGUGCAUCAAAGCUCUAUGGGAACCAAGCUGGCUUCAAAAGCCCUGACACAGGUUCGUCGGAAUCCAUUGUCACGAGAUCAAUAACCUCGCCGCCUGGUGAAAAAGCCGAUAAUGGAAGCAGCAAUGUAGAUCCAGAUGGUAUAGAAAAGAAUUCGUCUUCGAGGAUCUACGCCACGCACAAUCUCAAAUCCUCUACUCCUAUGGACUUACCUACUGAGGGGGCGCCGCCGCCAGCCUCUAAGCACUCAUGGAAACUCAAAGGAAUGGUGGCAGUCAUCAGGCAUGCCGACCGCACACCAAAGCAGAAAUUUAAAUUUACAUUUCAUAGCCAGCCUUUCAUCGACUUACUGAAAGGACACCAAGAAGAAGUCGUCAUUAAAGGUGAAGCUGCACUUGCAAGUGUCUCAGAUGCUGUCAAGGUUGCAAUGGUACAAAAUCUUGAAGAUAUGGACAAGCUGAAAUUGCUCCGUACGUCCCUCAAGAAGAAAGGCGGCUGGCCAGGGACGAAGGUUCAAAUCAAACCGAUGUUUCGAAAACGGAAACCAGAAGAAUUGCGAGGGCAAACACCACCAAUUGUCCCGACAACAUCACUUGCUAAAGGCCAUCAGGAGGACCAUUCAGUAUCUGUUAAUCCCCAGUGUCCCUCGGAAAACGAUUGUUCAAGCAGGCCACAGACGAGAAGUGACUCGAUAUCCGGCGCAACGUUCUCGAGGUUCUCUGCUGCAGAAAACGACCUAAUCUUGGACAAACUUCAACUUGUAAUCAAGUGGGGGGGUGAACCAACUCAUGCAGCGCGCUACCAAUCACAGGAUUUGGGGCUUAAUAUGCGUGAUGACCUGAAAUUAAUGAACAAAGAGGCGCUGAAUAAUGUCCGCAUCUUCACAAGCUCUGAGCGACGAGUGAGCACAAGUGCCCAAAUUUGGGCUUCUUCUUUUCUUGACCAGAAGGAGCUCCCAGAAAACUUUAUACAAAUACGGAAAGAUCUUUUAGAUGACUCGAAUGCUGCAAAGGAUCUCAUGGAUAAGGUCAAGAAGAAGCUAAAGCUUCUUCUGCGCGAAGGAUCGGCGCCUUCACAGUUCACUUGGCCAAAAGACAAUAUUCCAGAACCGUCAAUCGUACUUGCUACUGUUGUUGAGCUGAUGAAAUUCCAUCGGGAUGUCAUGAGGCAUAAUUUCCGAAGUCUUGAAGAAUCAUCGUGCCGACCACUAGGAACAGGUGACAUAGACGACAAAAACAUAAGCUCAUCUCAGUCUGAGGUGAACAUCGAGAGUCAGGCUUUCGCUUCAAUACAAGGACGCUGGUGUACUGGCGAGGAUCCUAUCUUAUUCAAAGAGAGGUGGGAGAAACUUUUCGCCGAAUUCUGUGAUACUGAAAAGGUCGAUCCCAGUAAAUUGUCCGAGCUGUACGACAGCAUGAAAUUUGAUGCACUUCACAAUCGGCAAUUCUUGGAAUGGGUAUUCAUGCCACCUGAUAGUGAUGAGAGUGAAGAUGAAAAGUUCGGCCCUAUUUCGAAAACACCUAAAAGAGACGAUUCUAUGGAUGAUUCUAGAUCCAACAAUGACGGGAUGACCUACGACAAACAUGAUGAACAAACAGAGGGAUCUCUCUUUACGCAUCGAAUUGGAUGGAAAAGGCGUAUGCGCGCAUUUGAAUUAAUGCCACAUUUCCGGGCACUCGAUGACAGUUAUGACCACUAUUUCAAACUGUAUCCUGGCUCUAGCUCAACGAAAGCCAAGGUGGAUGGAAGACUUUCCAAGCUGAGAGAGCUAUACAAGUUAGCCAAGGUACUCUUUGAUUACGUAACUCCUCAAGAGUACGGAAUCACAGACACAGAGAAGUUAGAAAUUGGCCUCCUGACCUCCUUGCCGCUUCUUCAGGGAAUAGUGAGGGACUUGGAAGAGGUUCAGGCGUCGCCAGACGCGAAAUCAUUCUUCUAUUUUACUAAAGAAUCCCAUAUCUACACUCUCCUGAACUGCAUUCUUGAAGGAGGUAUUCAGACCAAGAUUGCCAGAACCGCCAUCCCCGAGUUGGACUACCUAUCCCAGAUUUGCUUCGAACUUUAUGAAGCUAAGGAUUGUGAAUCAUCGACCAAUUCAUAUUCAAUUCGGAUCUCGAUCAGUCCGGGAUGUCAUGCUUUUGAUCCUCUAGAUGUGCAGCUUGAUUCCAGACAUGCAAUCGGCUGCGCCCCAAGAAGGAGCUUGACUGCUCAUCAGGAUUGGAAAGAAGUUAUUGAGACUCUCAAAGCAAGAUUUGACACGGUCAAGCUCCCGAAGACAUUUAUUGCAGUGAACCUAAGUGAUAAACAUGGGCCAAGCCCAUGAAGGGCAUGCAAAUCAUAGACAGCUCC